AUGAUCGUGCCAGACUUAUCUGAUAUUGUCCACCAAGUGGAGCUUAUUUGCAUUGCGGCCUGCGCCGCUAUGCUGCUGGGGCGCCUGGCUUGGCAGUUGUGGACCGAGGGCGCCUCAAGGUCUUGGUUUCACGAUUACUAUGUUCGAUUGCUCGCGUUCUCUACAGUCGUCAGGACGGUCAUUCUUGGGAAAGACGGCACUCAACAAUCUGUUCACAAGCGCAAGCAAUCCAUCAGGCUUGCCAUGUCACGGAGAAGCUACCAGUUCUUUUGUGUCGCAGCCGUCGGGGUAGUUUUCCCGAUCUUUUCUUCCCCGCAGAUGACCGCCCGCAUACCGUUCCCAGGCGCUUGCAUUAUGCUUUCUCUGGGGUGA